GUAUUCUGUUGUUUUUUAGGGGUGCUAAGCUAGCUUUGCAGCUUUGAAGAUGACGACGAUAGGUCACUGAGCUGCUUGGUGCGUAUUAGGUAUUACUACCGUAGCCAUUUGUACGUUACCGCCACGUGUAUGGCCGACGAAUACUCACAGCUAACGUUAUUAAUUUGUUCCCCGUUUAAUCAUUUUUGGACCAUUUUAAUAUCACACGUGCUUGGAUUUACCGUGGGAACAUCAUGGAAAUACAGUGACAAGACCAACAUUUUCAAAGUUUCACCAGAACCUCCUACAUCAGGAUGAAGGGACGGAUAGAUGCUCCUCAGGACCGGGGCUGCCUGGUGGGGAUCUGUUUCUUCUUUCUGGGCCUGGGAACAUUGCUACCAUGGAACUUCUUCAUGACUGCCUCAUUGUAUUUCCAAGGUCGCCUAAACACGACAGAAUGGAGCAACGGCACCAUGGUGGUCCGCAAGGAGUACUACUUCAACAACUGGAUGACCCUGCUCUCCCAGCUGCCCCUGCUGGUGUUCACCCUGCUCAACUCCUUCCUCUACCAGAGGAUAUCGGCGGCGAUGCGCAUCGCAGGCAGCCUGGUUUUUAUCCUGCUGCUCUUCAUCUUCACAGCAGUGCUGGUCAAAGUGCCCAUGGAGGAGGACCGCUUCUUCUCUAUCACCAUGGCUACUAUCUGGUUUAUCAACUCGUUUGGCGCCGUGCUGCAGGGCAGUCUGUUUGGCCUGGUGGGUCUGCUGCCUCAGAAGUACAGCACCGUCUUCAUGAGCGGCCAGGGCCUCGCCGGGACUUUCGCUGCCAUCGCCAUGCUGCUUGCCAUAGCCAGUGAUGCAGACUCUGAGACGGCAGCGUUGGGUUACUUCAUCACGCCAUGUGUGGGGACACUGGUCACACUCUUCAGCUACCUGCUGCUGCCCCGCCUAGAGUUUGCCCAGUAUUAUCUGAACAAAGGCAGCAAGUAUGAGGCAGACACCACAGACGAGUUGCUGAAAGAGAGAAGCACAGUGGAGAACGGCAAGCUGAAUGGCCAUGCUAACGGCACAGUGACCAGCCAACCAACCAUGGACGGCAGUGCAGCCGAGGCUGAGAGGGAGCCCGCUCCAGACGGGCCGGAGCACGCCUUCCUGUCAAUGGAGCAGGUGGAGAAGGGACAAGCUAAGGCCUCGGUCUUAGAGGUCUUCAAAAAGAUCUGGGUGAUGGCGUUCUGCGUGACGUUUGUGUUCACAGUCACUCUGUCCGUCUUCCCUGCCGUCACUGCAGAUGUCAGGACCUCAUUCCCAGGGAAAUGGGAGCGCUUCUUCAUCUCAGUGUGCUGCUUCUUGAUUUUCAACAUCAACGACUGGUUCGGUCGGACCGUCACCACCUUGAUAUGUUGGCCCCGUAAAGAGUCUCGUCUGUUCCCGGUGCUAGUCGUCUCCAGGGUGGUGUUCAUCCCUCUGCUGAUGCUCUGCAACGUCCAGAGUCGCUCCUUCCUCCCCGUCUACUUCAGCCACGACGCUGCUUUCUCUGUCAUCAUGGCUCUCUUCUCUCUGUCCAGUGGCUACUUUGUCUGCCUUUCCAUGUCCUACGCACCACAGUUGGUGGAGCCGAAGGAUGCAGAGACUGCCGGAGCCCUGAUGACUUUCUUCCUAGCCCUGGGUCUGUCCAUGGGAGCCGCCCUGUCCUUCCCUCUCCGAGCUCUGGUCUAGUUCACACACAUACAGCACGGCAUAGACACUGUGGAGGAUUUCCACUUGGGAGUUUUUUUGUUUUGUUUCUUUUCAUUUUUUUUCCUUCUUCGUUCUGCUGUGCCCCUUCUGGAUGACCUUCUGUCCCCCCCCCACCCAUUCAACUGUCAGGUGCUGUGUAUGUGUGUUACGGAACAACAGCCUUGACAACCGAGCACCCUGGGUGACGCUGUAAAAACAGCUCUUGAAGUAGUAUUGGGCAUAAAUGGCUGACGAGGUUCCCCUUUUUGAAAGUAGGAAUAAGGGAAAUAGUGUCCGUUAGUCUGACUGCUGUGUGUGUUUAUGUUACUGCUGCUAACCUGAACACACAGUUUGGAACAGAUAUCGUCUCUCUCUUAGGAUUGAUUUUGUUGGGAGUUUUUUUUAGUGUGUCUACAUUUUUAGAUUUAUGUAUGUUUAAUUUCAGUUUGUUUUAAGUAAAUAGUUUUAGGACAUAAUCCUGUAUGUUUUCAUUUGAUUGAUGGCAUGAAUAUUGACUUUUUUGUUAGAUUGAUUACAUUAGGGAUUUUUCUUCCUGUGAUUAUUUAGUAUUUUCUAAUGA